UCCUAAGUGAAACAUACUUGUAACGAAUUUUUUUCUCAUUCUGCCAAAGCUUUGUUUUGUAACAUUUUCUUUCUACCGCUAGGGCCUUUUAAGCCUCGAAGACUAUUGCAUUUUUGAUUGUAAGGAAAUGAAAUAUUAAUUGAAAAGAAAUGGUGAAUUUUAUAAAUAUUGAGGUUAAAGUCUACAUAUUAAUUAUAAUAUCAAAACCUUACCGCAAAAUUACCGCAAUUUCUAACGAAAUGCGGUAAUUGAUAGGUAGUCGACCAUGCUGAUUCCGAAUAUCAUAGCCGUUUUUGCCCAUAGGCCUUUCCUAACCCGGUUCUGGAAAACUGCUUUUCCAGAAACCUCGAAAAAUCCUCAAGAGUUUUUCUAAAUAAGUCACAACUGUAGCCUGCGAAAUUCUGAUAAAAAUGAGACAUUUCUCAGCUCUACAUGACCUUUCUUUGCAAAAUUAUAGAAUUCACAAGAAAAGCCCUAAAUUAAUUUCUUAUUUCUGUAGUUUUGAGCUGACAAUGAACAUUUAGGGCUUUUCUUGUAAAUUCUAUAACUUUGCAAAGAAAGGUCGUAUAGAGCUGGGAGAUGUCUCAUUUUAAUCGGAAUUUCGCGGGCUACAGUCGUGACUUACUUAGAAAAACUCCUGGGGAUUAUUCGAGGUUUGUGGAAAACCAGUUUUCUCUCCUCUUCCUGUAUUGUUACUUUAUUUUCUCCCAUACACUCCGUCCAGUAUUUUGAAGAGAACUGACGGCAAAUAAUAACUUUAAAAUCAUGGAGUUCAGGAUAUGUCUGUUUUACCUGUGGAUCUUGGAUGUUAAAUGAUGAAGUAUCACUUGUCACAUUUUCCCUUUAUUGUGAAAGAGUUUAUUGAAAUAGCAUUUCAUUACGUCCCAUAAUUUUUUCGUAUAACUAUUAUCUUACUAUAUAACUCUUUUCUAUUUUAGUUCAUUAGCAGUGUCAUUAAGAAAGAAAGAAAACAAAAAUUGUGAUACCGGUGAAAAUUUUGUUAAAAAACUAAAAGUUAUCCCAUUUCCAUUUGGUCGAUGCUGUGUGUGUCAAGAUAAAGCAACCGGUGUACAUUAUGGAAUUGCUACAUGCGAAGGAUGUAAAGGUUUUUUCAAACGUAGUAUAUUGCGACAGGAGAAAUAUCGUUGUUUUUUCGGCAAUACAUGCGUUUUUAAUGGUGAAACACGCAAUCGUUGUAAAUCAUGUCGGUUUAAAAAGUGUAUCGCAGAAGGAAUGUCAAUGGAAGCUGUUAAAAUGGGUCGUAUUCCAAAAAGAAUUAAAGAAAAAGCUUUGAAAGAACAAGAAGUGAAUUUUGAAUCAGAAAAUUCAAUGGCUGACUCAAUAGCAGCUGUACCAUCAUCAGUGAAUGACGAGUGUGAAAAUAAUACAAAAUCUUUUAAGAGUGACCAUGAUUAUCAAAGUGAAAUUAUCGAAUUAGAGCCAUCAAAACUUGACUCUUGGGAAAUGAAAUUUCAGGAUCGUAAAUGA